GCUUUAAUAACAUGAAAAACAAUUAAAAAAAUGAAUUUAUUUCUAACAUUGUUUAUGCAAGUUGAGCAAAAAAAAAAACAUAAAACGUCUUAUUUUUACUUUUUGGCUGAAUCUCAAGUGUACAGGAACAUUAACAAAAAGAUUUUGUAGAAUUAUAUAAACCUAAAAUCACACCGCAAUAUUUAAAAUAUGACUGUUUAACGGGGUUAGUGGGUUUGCUGCGCUUUUGUGCCUUCAUCGAUUCGGACGUGUAUGCGGAAGUGUGUCCUCGAUAAGGUCCAACUCUCGCGAUACUUUGAGCUCAGUGAUGUUCCUGUCCUAGAUACUACACUUUUGCUGUUGGGAAACAUCAACAUAGUAACCCGGGAAGGGAGACUUCAAAAGCGGCUCCUGGUGUUUCUUUUAAGACAAAAUACGCCACUCAAAUUGGGUAUAUUUUAAUACUAAAAACGCCGGAGUAUUUCUAAAUUUUCAUUUGGAGAAACUUGUAGGUUAUUUGGCACAGCUGUUGGGAAGCUUUAUUUUGCUAAUGUCAGCCGGCUAAUGCUAAUGUUAGCAAACAGAUAACAGAGCGAAACUGAGGAAGUGCAAAGAAGUCACAAUUUCUUAACAUGAGGACGUCGCCGACAAAGUGGACUUCUAGACAAACGACAUCGCUGCCCUAAGGUGAAAGGGAGAAAUGAGGAGGGGCAGGAAGACUGAUGCGUCUGCCAAAAGCUCAACUCAGCUGUUUACCGAUAACAAUAUCACUACAGAAUUAACAACCGCAUGGAGAGGUUUGGCUCAGUCCAAAGCUGCUCUUAGACACAUAGAAAACCACAUAGAAGCCACUUCUGGAAGCGGCGUUCUUCUGGACUCUAUAGCUGAUUCUCCGAAGAGGAAAUCCUCAAGAAAAGUCAACAGUGAUGCAGGUCAAAUCGAUAACCCCGGGGGAUCUUCCAAACCCAGAGCGAGGAGUCAGCAGAGCCCAGCAAAGAGCAGCUCACGCAGCCCUUUAAGAAAUGCCACUCAAGACAGCAAUGUGCGAAAGACCAGCGGCGUGGAGUUUAAGGAGCCACUGGUUGCAUAUAGAGAGGCCACCCCCCCACCACAUACCAUCUCUCAGCUGGAAACCUGCAAUCCUCAAUCAGUGCCAGGGUCUUUGCCGCCGUCUUUGCCUCACUCCGAUCCCGUCCCCAGCCAGCUGGAAGGCGCCACAAACAAACAAACUGUUAAAGAAAUGGACAGCACACUCUCUUCCGCUCCGGAGAGCACCGAGGUGCGCUACCUAAACGACCAGCCAGCCCUGAAUGUUCUCAAGAACCAAGACAGAACUUUCAGGGCAGACUUUAGGAACAGCAAAGAGUCGAGUCCGUUAGCUUCCAAUCCGGGAUCUUCCCGUCAGGGGGAGAGCACUCCAUCCUCGAGCCCGGGCUCGGCCUCCCAGCGGUUGGAGAACUUGAGGCGGCACCAGCCGGACGAUAAGCUGGAGAAGCUCAAAGAGCGCAUCCGAAGGCAGAGGCAACAUCUGGAGGAGGCAGCGGAGAGGGAAAAGCUACAGGGUCGACUGGAACGGCCUGUAGUGACAUCUUUGGCGAGCAAGGACGCCGGUUCAAGCAGCACGCCCACGGCCAGAGUACGCAAAGUCGCAGUGGCACCUCCUGCACCAAUAUACAAAGGUUUUAACAAUGUGGAGACAAAGAUCCGAACUCCCGACGGGAAUGUUUGGAAGGAGGAAGAAUUCCAUAACCUCAGCAGGGAAAUCUACAGAGACCUCUCUCGUCAGUUUGCAGAGACAACCUGCCAACGACAAAGGGAACAAAGAAAAGAGAAGUCCAAAGAGAGGAAAUCGCCCAAACCGGUUCGGAAGAUCCACAGACUUGGUGCUGACUCUGCUUCCAAACCAGUGAUCAGUCCAGCAUCGUGGCGGGACGGUCAAAAGCUGGUAAAGAUGGUUCUGGGUCCAGUUCCCAAGUCGCCCAGAGAAGAGGCCCGCUCCAGUUCAGCUGACAGACGGAGUCGAACAGCUUCCCGCCAUUACUCUGACGCAGAUUUAGAACCAAGAAGGAGCUCUCGCCAAAACAGUAGAGAACGACCACAAAGUGGAUUUCAAACAAAACCCAGGACCCCGGAGGAAACUCCGGGUGUGAACACUGGCCUGUUGUCGGCAGACAUCCGGGGCAUCCUGGAUGAUCUUCAGCUGGAUUGCAAAGUGUCAGAGAAGGAACAGAGAGCGUGUAAAAGCUCCCGAGGUAGAACUAGUAGCAGAAGAGGAAGACCGUCUCAAACAAGGACACCGGUCUCUGCCUGGGGGGCAAAUCCCUGCCCGAGGACAAGCCGCAGCGCCAGCCCUGGUACACGACGGCCAGACAGCAGCGGCGUCGCUGACAGAGGCCACAAGAAGCGACAUUAUGAUGCCGAUUCAGUUCGACAGUACAUCGCACGGCAACAGGAGGAGAGGAAGAAGCGACAGGCAGAGCAGAGAAGGGCACAAAUGGAGGAAGUGGAGAGAAAAACUCUGAGGUUGAAGGAGCUCUACAAAAAGCAAAGAGAAGUUGCUAAACCUGCAGCCCUUUCAGCGGAGGCGUCUGUGGCUCCUGUUCAAAAGAGGUUACAGGAGACCUACACCAAACUGAUGCUGGAGGAGGCUCAGCUGGGAGAGGAGGCCAUGCAGGAGCCAGAUGAUCGCUCCACUCAAAUGAUGCCCAUGUACCAGCCUUCAGGAGAGUCUGACAAGGAGAACAAAAGACUAGAAGCUCUACAAAGCCCCUCAAGCAGUGAUAAGUCUUUAAAUGACCUGGCACCACCGCCUUUAUCAAGGAACGACCUUGAUGCAGAAGUCGCCACUUUCCUUCCACCCGACCGUUCAAAUGCAGCUGCUCAUCACAUGACCGGUCCCAGCAGCCACGCCGCUGCGUCUUCAAACGAGCAUCUGCUCUCUCAGCUUUUAAGGCUGGAGGCAGCAGUGGCCGCUAGUAAUAUGAAGCACGCCGUACCACCGGCGUCUUCCGCCAAAUCGCAGUCCAAAAUGUCACGCAUUGAAGCCUUAAAGGCCACCGCAGCAUCCCUCUCCAACCGCAUUGAAAGCGAAGCGCGGAAGCUCGCCGGCCAGGGGAUCAACUACGGCGCCACAACUUCAUUGGACGUUGAUACCGUUUUGGCCCCUGGAACUUCUAAUGGCGUUCAUGGCUGGAAAGGAACGGUUCCUUAUGCUUCAGAGAGCCCCGCGUCUCCGAGGACCCAGAGGGUUUUAUCAAGCACAGGUCAUAGGUCAUACAACGACGACGCUCUUCCAGGAGCCGGGAAUCUGCACGACUUUAGGGAGAGUAAAGAAAUAACUCACAAUGGUUUGACAAAUCUGGACAGACUUUCUCCUGAUUUAGAAAAGUCCGCCUUUAACAGUUACAUACAUAAAAGGAGAAUCGCUGGUGGUCUGGAGAUGGAUGACAGAACAAACAAUGUGGCGCCUCAGUUUAACGAUGAGGAGAAUUUUCAUGAUUCCAGUGCCGGCUCCAUCAGCGAGGGACCUCUUCUAAGUGAAGGGAGUUUUUCCCAAGAUGAAAUAUCCCCCCCGCGACACCCCAAACCCGAUUAUCUGAAGGCAGCAGACCACCGUGCCAGUCAGAAAAGAGACAACCAGCGACUGCUGGAGUUUCAGAGAGAGGCGGCCAUGAGCUCGGCCUUGAGCCCGCCGCAGCUGGAGAACAGCAAAGCACACUGGGAGGAGCUGAAUAAAGGAAGCCCUCUGAGUGUCAUCAACAUUUUCACUAAAAAUCUUCAAGUGAAUGAGAGAAAUGUGGAGCCAAAUUCCCCCCGCUCCAGUUCUUUGCAUUCUGAUAACGGCCAUGGGAGUCCUGCAGUUUAUGAAGAAGACUUUGUUUCAUCGCAAAGCAGCAAAGCCAGUGAGCAGCUGAAGAGAGGAACCAACUCAUCUAGCACAAAGAACCACUUUGACGAGUUGAUGAGAAGAUACCCAUAUGAAAAAGGUCUGGGAGGUUCUGCUUCUCAUUCCCCCCACCGGUCCUCCGGAUCAACCUCUUCGCCUUCCAGGCACUCCACCAAACAAAGACGAAUAGUUUCAGAUCAGAGUGACGCCACUCUGGUGGGAGAGCAGAGGAGCUCGUGCUCCACGCCAUCAGAGGCGCUUUCAUCGGACGCAAGAAAAAGGGGUACAGACAGAAGCUCCGCUGACGCCCAGAGAGUCAGAUCUCAUGACACCUCCAGGGAAAACAAAGGCCACUCCCCAGAAAGGUCUGGAUUGUCGUCUUAUUCUGGCUCUCCGGAUUAUUCUUCUCAACUCCGAACAAUCUCCUCAAAUGAAGCGGUGAGACGCGGACGUCUGCCUACAAACAACCCUGGAACCUCAGUAUCCAAUGGUGAUCUCCAGUAUUCACCUGCUGCUCUGCAGCAGCGUAUGGCGGCGGAGCUUCAGUACCUGGAGUCGAUGCAGGAUUCAAUCCGACAGCUGGGGGAUGUGGAGAGGCUGAUGGGCGUGUCCAUGGCACAGCAGGAAAGCGCCUCAUUGGCCCAAAUGUUGAAGGUGAAGCAGCAGCGUCACGAACGAGAACUUUACGAGUUGAAGAUAAAAGCUGAACGAGAAGCUCUAGAGACAAAAUUACAGCUAGAAGAAAACCGACAACAAGUGGCCAGGGCACAUAUAGAGCUGCAGGAAGGCUUGGCAGCCUCUCAGAAAGAAGCUUUGGAAGGCCUCCAGGAAUCAACUUGUAAGAUGAUGAGCCAACAGGCUGAGGCAGCACAGCACACGGCGGAUGCUGCUCGACACAUUAAGGAGAUGACUGAACUGGCCCGCUCUCAGAUAGUGGGAACUCUAAUAACUCCUGGGUCAGACCAGCAGGACCAGCAGAGAACGAAGAAGCAAGAAGACAAGAGCGACUCUGACAGUUUUCACAGUGAGGUCUUAAGCAGAAGGAGCGGGUCUGAGGUUCCCCUGUCGUCCAUGAACAGUCUCAGUCAUUCUGACUCCUACAGAGGAACCCACCUCAGCGGAGCGACCUCGAGCAGCAGCCGCCGCAGUUCAUCACGCCACAGAGAGCCGGCGAAGAAAGACGCAGAGAGACGGAGGACCGUGGGAGCUGAGAGGACGUCCGACGGGGAUGCAGUCAGCAGCUCGAUUGAGGAAAACAUUCCUGGAGCCACAAAUGAAUCCCUCUGCAGUGACAGCGUUCCGUCUGUGGCGGACGAAAAAGGUAGAGAAAGUACAUCAGUCGCCACGGAGUACUCCCUCAAGUUGGACGAGUCCAUGACGGAGGACGAGAUCGAGGAGCGCUCCUUUCGUUCUGUGCUGCCAUCAGAGUCGCAUCGCCGUGGAACUAUUGAGAAGAAAUCCCAUCAUCUGGAUGAGUCAGAAGACGAUGGGGGCAGUCACAAUGCAACGCGGGUGACAGGGACGGCGUCGCAGAACAACCACAAGACGCCAGAUGUGCACAUCACCUUUUCUGGUGGGCAGGACAGUUUCUCUCAGUUCACCAUGGACAUGGUGCGUCAGUACAUGAAGGACGAGGAGGUGAGACUCCAGCAUCAGAGCUCUUUGCUGCACCUCCGCCAGAAAGCUGUGAAGGAGAAGACCAGAACAGAGCUGGCCUGGCUGGAGCUUCAGAAAAAGAGGCUGAGGGACAAAGGAGAAGAUGAUAAGAUGCCUCCCAUCAGGAAAAAGCAGCGAGGACUUCUGAUGAAGCUACAACAGGAGCAGGCGGAGAUCAAGCGGCUCCAGGAGGCCAACAGAGCAGCAAGAAAAGAAAGACAGUUGCUGCUGAAACAGCAGCAGGAGAUCGAACGGAUGAGAAAUUCAACCCUGCGACUCAAAGAGCGUCUGAAGUGUGCUGAGGGGGAAAGUCGACCUGAGGCUCCACUAUUAGAGCAUGUGGACUCUGAAGCUGCCUCGUCCAACGUGAGCCUCGCAGAAGACGUCCGCAGUCCUUCUCCGUCACAUUCAGUGUCUGGAAGUGAGACCAGCAGCAUCAUGCAGAAGCUGAAGAAAAUGCGUUCCCACAUGGAUGAAAAACACUGCUCUCCUGUCCACCUCUUCUUCUCUGUGUUCACCGCCCAACACUGGGCUUCCCUCAGUGUCUGUCUUCCCAACCUCCACCCUAAAAUCCAGCUUUUUAUCUACAAGCAGUUGGUCAGAUUCCUGACCAAGCGAGAGCAGCAGCUGAUGCAGAGGCGUCACCAUGCCGAGGAGCUGCUGCAGUGGAAGCAGCGGCUGGACCAGGAGGAGGCGGAGGUCCGGAGGAUGGAGAGAGAGGCGCUGGCGGUUUGGGAACAGAAACGACUUUUGGAAAAAGAUCUGAACAAGUCGGAGGUUGAAAUCCCUGAAAGCGCCUCUCAGCCCGAUUCCCAGCAAAGCUCAGAGUCUAAAACUGAUCUGGAGAACGAAGGAAACCGUUCAACAACACCCGACUCCAUCGUUCACACCGAGGGAAAAUGGAAACCAGGAAGUGCGUCUUCAGUCCCAGAAACACCUUUGACUUCAGCGCAGAGCAGCCCUGCAAAUGACUCACAAGACUUCACGUCAGCCUCACAGAUUCACAGUAGAAAAUCUUCUCCACACAAAGGCAGCCACAGCCAUGCUGCUUCUCCUGCAAACACUCCUCUUCGUUCCAUCUCCCAGACCCCCAAUGAGGUCGUCCACCCCCCCGACUCUACUAUGGUCACACACUCUGAAAACAUUUCCGAUCAGAGCGACAUCGAGGGCCGGAUCAAAGCCCUGAAGGAGGAGCUCCGGGGGCGAAAGCUCAUGGCCGUCCAGCUGAAGAAGGAGCAGAAGAAACGCCACAAAGAACGACUGAAGGCCAAGGAAGCAAGUUUACUAAAACAGCUAGAGACUUACAACAACUUUAUCGAGAAAACAAAGGCAGAACUCUGUAAGGAGUCUGAUUCGACCCCUGAAAGCUUGCAGGUUCAAGAGGAAUCAUCUGCUAAAUCACCUUCCAACAGGCCAGAAACCGUCAAAAGCUCUGAAGAAAUCAACGAAUCAGGCGAUUACAACUCUUUCCAUGAGGAAGACCGUGACAGAUCUCUGCACGAAGACUGGUCUUUGGAGGAGCGAGCAGCAUCUCCUGAGCCGUCAGCAGAGAGGAGGCAGCAGUCCGAGUCUGAGGAACCCGCCUCAGAUGUGCAGGAAGACCCGGAACUAAAGUCCAAACCUGAAGAUGAACUUUCUCAACAUUUGUUCAAACUCAGCCAGGAAGAAGAACCACCCAAACCUGAUCAAGCCGUCUCCGCGCUGGAACAAAGUCAGCGGAUGGAACACGAUGACGCGCAGAGAGAAGCCGUUUCUGAUAUUUCUGUUCACUCAGCUGCAGAUGAUCUCGGAUCUGUCUCCUCCAAAAGGAGCGAAUCUUUAAAGGAUGCUGAGGCUUCUCCUAGAGCAGAUAGAUACCACGAUGACUUUGAGUCCGCCGAUUCUUCAUCCGGGAAGGACCACUCCUCCAAACCGGAUUCUCCGUCUGAAAUCAGGAGAUCAGAAAAAGACGGUCAAGAUAGUGUUGGAGAAGAGGAAAUCUCGGAGGAGCUGAGUCAGCAUCCUCUCGAGAGUGAAGAAAGUCACUCGUCUGGAAGAUUACUAGACAUUUACCAGGUAAACUCCAGCCAUGCCCCGCCCACUCCUCCCCAGCAGGAAGGUGACGAAAUGCCGAGUUUUAGCAUCGGAGAUCGGGUUCUCGUCGGCAGCGUUCAGCCCGGAACGCUCCGGUUCAAAGGCGCGACCAGUUUUGCUAACGGCUUCUGGGCCGGCGUGGAGUUGGAUAAAUCUGAGGGCAGCAACAACGGCACCUACGACGGGGUGGUGUACUUCGAGUGCAGGGAACGCCACGGGAUCUUUGCUCCUCCAGACAAAAUCACGCACUUCCCCGAGAGGUUUGAGCCCUACAACGAUACGACCGAGGACGAAGACUCCUUCUUUGACGACUUCUCAAACGACAAGAAAAACAAACCGAGCGGAGACUCUUCUGAAAGACAGAGAGAUCAGAAAAGUGAGAAUAUUCAGUCUGUUUGUGAAGAGUCUGGAUCUGAAAAUAGGAAUGUCAGUCAUGAGAAGAAACAUUCCCACCUCACUUCACCGCACACCGAUGAGUCCGGUCAUCCGGUAACCAACGGUAACAUCAUUCUGGACUUUGAGGAUCCUCCCCUCAUCAUCUCAGACGUAGAAAGAGACGACAAAACCAGAAACAAAGACGUCUCCGAGCCUUUCAUCCCGAACGAUCUGAAGACGGAAAUCAAAAACGACACGGCGGAUCAGAAGAAGAAACAAUCGGUGGACACUUUCGCAGAUGAGCUGGUCAAAGAUUUCCUGGAGCAAACUGUCAAGCAGCUCUCUGAAAUCAAAAAGGUGAAAGAGCAGAAGAUCGUAGCUGCUAACCUGAAGCAUGAAGAAAAUAAGCAGGAAGACGAGUGGAGUUCUCCAGUCGAACAGAAGGACGGUCUGCCCUUCUUUCUUCCUGCUGAACAAGAAGAACUUUCCUCUCCAGAACUAUGCAACAAAUCCCAGGAGAGCCCGGUGUUGGGAGCCAGCGGUCAGGAGGAGCUCGCCAAGCGGCUAGCGGAGCUGGAGCUGAGCCGCGAGCUGCUGGAGGACCAGGGCGACGACCAGGACUGGUUUGAUGAAGACUUCGGCCUCAGCUCGCGCAGAAAACAGAUACUUAAGGAGAAAGAAGAAGCUGCAAACCUAGGAGGCGAACUCCCCUCGUCGGUCGGGCGAGCCAUGGGGGCGACUUCCUCGCUGGGCGGGGAGGGGAAAACUCCUCUGAGGCCGGAGCUGCCCCAGCCUCCCAAACUUCCCGAGCAGCCCGCCAUGGUGGUUCCCCACUCAGCCACCGAGGUGGGGAAAAUGGUCCACGCCGCCACACGAGAGAUUUGGGAGGCUUGCAACCUGGGAAAAGCGGGAACGCUGAUGGAUUCCCAGAUGCCGAACCCAAAACCGUCACUGGAGUAUCUCAGUGAGGAGUCGCACAAGCAGGAACAAGAGGCCGUCUCCAUCCGCAGCUACAAACAGGCUGUGUUUGAUCUGACGUGGGAAAUACUGCAGCAGAUUUACUCCGAGGAUCCGGUCACCGAUCAGCCGCAGUGGGUCAAACCUCGCCAGGUCAAGUCCUCCUCCAUUUACCAGGUUAAGACGUCCGGGGACAUCAACAGAAUCCAGGAAUUUGUCACAACUGAAGUGUUAAAACUGUUUGGUCUGAAGCAAGACCAGAACCAGAAGACGGACUGGCAGAAGAUGUUGAAAUUUGGCAGGAAGAAGCGGGACCGAGUCGAUCAGAUUCUGGUUCAGGAGCUUCAGGAAGAGGAAGCUCAGUGGGUCAACUACGAUGAAGAUGAGUUCUCCGUCAAGAUGCAGCUGGCCGACUCCAUCUUUGAGUCUCUGCUGAAGGACACCGCAGACACCUUCACUCAGAUCUUUGAGAAGAGGCGCGCCGUGGAGUAGAACCAGAACCUAACAAACCUCAAGCUGCCGCUACUCUCCGACGGCCUCAUUCACCAUCACCUCUAGAGCCGUUCUAAACCUCCAAGUUCUCACCGCCUGAACCGUACCAGCACGAGGAGCUGGCGAUUAUGGGAUGUACUGAGCCAUUUGAAUUGUAAUGUCCACGAAUGCUGCUAAGCUCGUCGUUCCUUCGUGGAUUUGACGUCCACGUCAGUCGAUUGUCAAAUUUUUUAUGAAACCUUUUAAAAAGAAAAAAAUCGUAACAGAUGAAGAACUCUAUAGUGCAAUCUGAUUUGCUAGCCAAGCUAACAAGUGACUUUUGUGUUAGUUAUUUAUAAGCAGUCGAUUGGUGGGGGGGGGGGGGCUGACUCUCAGGAUAGUUUGGCUUUAGUAUCAGUAUUUUCUAGAUUUUUAGGAUCACAUUAAAGAAGGCAUUUCUGAUCUCACUAGAACGACAGAAAACUCACUUUUUUUGGCCCCUCUUAAAUUAUUUAUGUGAGGAGAUGCUUUAUUACAGAACAUUCAGAUUAUAAAUGAUAUAUUUUCUAGAAUAUCUAAUGUUACGGUUAAAGCACAAAUGAAAAUGUGAAUUGGGCGAUACAUCAUGAAAUACGAGUCAACAGAGACUCGAGUUUGACCCCAGUGGACUUUCUGUCAUCUCUUCUAUUGUUUAUUUCUUCCUUAAAGUUUUUCCAAAGCAUUUUAGUAACUUUUUUAGAGCAGUAGCUCUUAGUUUAAACUAUAUGCAAACCGACAUCUUUUUAGUUCAGUUCUUCUCAACAUACACGUUUAAUCUACACAAUUGGGUCAUUUCUGAAUGUUAUUUAAGCACAUUGAAGCAUUUUAUGGAACUGGAAGACGCGACUCGAUUCCAGGUCUGCUCUGGAAUGCUGGAUUUCUAGUCGUACUUUAUUAACGUUCUCUGUCCUGGAGAAGCAGCUCUAGUUCAGCUCCCUGACAUGACGGCGGCGUGGCCGCGGAGCGCCGUGCCGCUCCUCCACUCGCUGCUGUGGGACAUCUUUAUCCGUGAUCCAGAUUCCAGAGGCCGACUUUUCUCUUUGUUCCUUUGAAGUGCCUCGAAUUUGGUGUUUAGCGAUGUUCCCACAUCCUCUGGACCUGAGUUUGAAUGUCUUCUCCGACUGCUGUAUGCAUUUUUCUGCUCUUCUUUCUUACCGCCUCCAUCCAUUUCUGCCUUAUCCCUCUUUUUUGUACAAUAAAUAUUUCCUUUUUAUGUCACUCAGCCACCGUCUACUUUGUAAGUCACCCUUAGAUCUGAGCAGACAUUUUCGUUUCUUAGCUUUGUCAGGAACGACUUUGUGUGUUUAGUCCGAAUCGACGGCGCUGAAGUGACCUUAAGCUGUUUUUUACCAUCUCGCUCUCGUCUGGGUUCACGUUCAGUCUGUUUACUAAAUGUUCAAACCUCCCAAACUGUUAGAAACAUCUCCGAAGGUAAAUGUAGGCGUAAGAAACGGUGGCUUUCCUGUAAAUCCUCCUUUUGUUCCUCUCUAACUAUGCAGUACCUGGUCGAUACCGGAAGGAGAACUCUCAGAUGACCAGAACAGUCUCACAAAGUACAAACAGAAUAUUUAUCCCAGUGACCUCGUGAGGCUCCAUCUCCUUCAGCUGAAAUGAAUAUUUAUAAUAAUGUCUGGUGGGGGGGCACUUGAAGACGUGUACAAUUCUUUUAUUGGUGUAAAUAUCCUGUCUUUCCUAUUUGAUCCACUGUUAUUGAAACGGAGGCUGGUAAGAUUAAAAAAACACUGUUUACUGUGCAAAUAUGUACAUAGUAUAUAUUUGUUAACUAAAUGAAAUUUGAAGCUGUAAAUAAAUAAAUGAUGAUUAAAAAGUU